AUUAUGCCGUCAGAUCGCACCUCGGAUCGAGUAUGUCCCAAGUCAGAAUCAGAUUCCUGUCCUUCGGGCCACAUGCUAACUCCUUGUCUGCCCUCGUCGACGACAGAGUACUUCUGCAAGCAGUGCUCAGAAGCCACCUUUCAACCCAAUGAGAAUUGGAUUACCGACAAAUGCCGGCUACGCCGAAACUGCAGAAAACCCCACAUGGAUUUCGCAGAUGUGGGUAGCACAGUCCGCGAUGCCACCUGUGUUUGUGACGAAGGCUUCCAUUUCCCCAAUGAAGACCAAAGAGCUUGUGUUCCUAACAAACGCUGUCCUCUCGGCACUGCUCCAGGAGUAUAUGGUAACUGUGAGUCCUGUUUACGAAAGUCCAUGUAUUUGAAUGAGAAGACAAAGAAAUGUGUACCUCUCACAAACUGUGAGAAGCAGAAUCGCUGCACAAGAACAAAGAGUGAUGGAAUGAGAGAUAAUGUGUGCGGACCAGUGGUCAGUGACCUCAGCACUUGUGAAGAUAUAAACAUCACAGUCUCAUCAUCCUCCACAAAGUACACUAUUGCCAUUGUAGGAAGCAUCGUUGCUGCUGUGCUGCUCCUCCUCAUCAUUCUCCUGAUAUUCAUCUUCUGCCUACGAAGGCGACGUUUGCGCAACCAAGUAAGCCAAAAAGCCUUAACUGAUGAGGAAAUGGAAGAGCUGCAGCAGAAGAUCCUCAAGGCGUGCGACAAGGAUGUGGUUUCCUGCAAGAAAGUGAUGUCGAUCUCCUGCAGUUUUAUCGAAGAACGAAUAGAUCGACAGAUCUGGGGGCUUGCUCAGGAACUCUUUAGAACAUCCACAAAACAAGGUCACUUUGAGCAGAUUGUGGAGAAAUACAAAGAUACUCAGGCAAAAUAUACAGUCAAUGGCUACCUACAAGAAUGGAGACAAUGGAGAGGAGACAACAAGGAGACAGCGGCGGAAUUGUUUCAUUGUCUGAGGCAUAUCAAGAGAGAGGACAUUGUUAAUGAGAUCUGUUUGUGUUUGGGGAGAGAUUUUGAUUACACCGAUGGUAAUUGCUAUAAUGAGUACUCAUCCAACAAACUCUCAUUGAAAGAUGAAUGUGUUUACAUAUUCCUCCCAUGUUUCUAUCGAAGCAAAGAAAAGCUUUCACCAUCAGCGGCUGGUGGUGUGGUUGUGGAAUCCGAUGUUGGAGAAGCUGGCACAAAACUCCUGGCCAUCGCAACGGAUGACCUGGAUCAAGACGACAGUCCUGAUAAUAAUACAGUUGGAAGUCGACCUCCAGGUACUUUUUAUCGGGCGCACCCGUCACCAAGCGCACCAACCUUAGAAGAUGCCAACAAUAUAUUUGCUUCCAUGGAUAACGUGAAAUUCAGCAGGCAGUUUUCACAACCGGUGCAGGCCACUUCUUGA